AUGUCGAAAUGGCAGCAGCUUGAGCGGCAACGUAAGCGCUUCUUCUCCCUUAUCCGCGCCUACUUCCCUCUAUGGGCUGAACGCAACCAGCAAGUUCCUACGGAGGAGGCCCCGCAUCCGUCGAGUGGCAUCUUAUCCACCGACCACGGAGGACUGAUCUCACCGCAGAACGGGCGCUCAGUAAAUCUCAGACAGGAGACGCAAACGGACGAUCUUGACAACCGUCGGAAACUUCGGCGGGUCGGGCGCGGACUUGAACAAUCGUUGUAA